AUGGAGCCACCCACUCAGGGGCAAGGUCCCAUAAGGCCUGCUCCCUCCAAGAGCAUCUUACCAGUGCUUCAGCAGAACGACAGUGCUCCCGGUGAAAGCCUACUGCCAGAGAUUACAAGCACAGAUGUACCGACGCGUUUGCCAGACCCGGAAUCGUUGUCUUUCAUGAGAGAUGAUGACUGCUCGCGCACCAGUAAAGCGAAUGUGAAGGCCAUCCAGGAGAUUUCAGGCCUAGACUGGUCGACCUUCAUCCCAAAAGAUCUGAUGGGUCCGCUAGGAGCCCGGUACGGAACAAUCAGGAGGAGGAGUAGUGUUCGUCGCAGCUCUAUGCCCGAAUCAGACCUCUUUUACAACCAGCUUCCUGCAAUGCUCUUGACCAUGCUCUACACACUGGUCCAUGCGGCAUUCACCUUUGGCUACGACGCAGAUGAUAUCCAGGAGUUCAUCGGAAGCGCCCACAAAGCCCGAUCAUCCAGGGAUAACCUCCUCCGAGCGGAGACCAUGGUAGAGGCCAUAUUCCUCCUCUUUCAACGAAAUGCCGAAACCGAGAGCUAUAAUAAGGGGUAUGCUGCAGGCAAAAAAGACGGAGAGAUGCGUAUCUUUAAGAAGUUGGAGGAACAUACCAAUCCGGAUGAGCUGUCCCAAUUUUUGGAAGUCUGCGCUCAGCCAGACAUGUGCGAAGGAGAAGGAGAAGGAGAAGAAGAACAAGAACAAGGGGAAAAGAGCGUCAGCGAGGCUGGAAAGCAGCAGACUCCAGAGUCGGAGGACGACGGCAGACCAUGGCCUAUCACACCGCUAAGCGUGAGGCCUCCUACAUGCCCACCUAAGUUCUCGCUGCCGCAAUACAACUGGGGCAUCCGGCGUCAGCGUAGUCAGGAGGAUGUCGGCGACGAGUCUCCUUCGAGUAGGAAAGUUAGUCGUCGGGAGUAG